GAGGAAUAGAAGGAGGAGGUGCCACAGCUCGGAGGAGGCGGAGAGAGCAUCGACUCUGAGGGAGGAAAAAAAAAACAUCUGAGAAAGUGCAGGCAGAGACGGGAGCUGUUGCCCUUCAAUCGGAGGGGCUAUCUGAAGCUAAAACAAACAGCGCCUCCUCCGCACUGACCUCCCCCGAGGGACGCGCCGCGCUCUCCGGGCAGCGGUCAUGGCCACGCUGGAGGGCUGCCGCUGUCGGGGUGCCAGCCUCCGAAACAACAACACCAGCAUUCUCUACAGUAUUUUGAAGAGCGACAGAGAAGAAGAACAACAAGAAACGCUACACAACUUACUCCACAGGUCCGCCGCCUCAGCUUCCUCCGGGCCGGCCUGGCAGCAGGAGCCUCCUCGGCAGCAGCAGGCGUGCUCGUGCGGGGCGACUCGGCGCCGCGGGGUCCUCCGGUCCCCGCAGGUGACGUGCAAAGCCGCGUCCGCCAUCCUGGUCAAGACGCUCCGCUUCGUCAAGAACGUCCCUUGCUUCCGGGAGCUGCCGGAGGACGAGCAGGUGGUCCUGAUCCGGAGCGGCUGGGCGCCCCUGCUGGUGCUGGGACUGGCGCAGGACCGCGUGGACUUUGAGACCACGGAGACGGUGGAACCCAGCAUGCUGCAAAGGAUCCUAACCGGGGUACCGGGCGCGGCCCAGAGCGAAGCGGCGGUGGCAGCGGCAGCCGCCGGUCCGAGCAGAGGCGGAGGGGCCGGCGUGUCUGUGGCGGACAUCGAGACCAUUAAAGGCUUCCUGAAGAAGUGCUGGAGUGUGGACAUCAGCACCAAGGAGUACGCCUACCUGAAGGGAGCCGUGCUUUUUAAUCCGGAUCUGGAGGGUCUUCGCUGUCUCCCGUAUAUCCAGUCCCUGCGCCGCGAGGCCCACCAGGCCCUCAACGAGCACGUUAGAUUGAUCCACCGUGAGGACAACACACGCUUCGCUAAGCUGCUCAUCGCUUUGUCCAUGCUGAGGUCCAUCAACCCGUCGGUGGUGGCCCAGCUCUUCUUCAAGCCCAUAAUCGGCAGCGUCAACAUCGAGGAGGUCCUCAUGGAGAUGUUCUAUGGAAAGUAGUAAGGACCACCCUUCCAGCUGCUGGAGAGGCUCUUAUUAUUAUUGGAAAAAAAGGGCUGAAGAAACUGACCGAAAAGGGGAAAAAAAUGAAUGAAUGACACAAGCUGGAGGGAACGUUAGAAAACAAAGUAUAAAGCAGCUUAACUUAUUUGUUUUAUAUAAACUAUUUUUCUAAAAUAAAAAUGUCUCAUUGGAGUGUUUUUUUUUUUACUGACAC